GAUUGAUCCAAAAAUAAAAAGAGCAUUGCUGGGGAAGGGAAGAGAGACGAUGUUGUUAAAAGCCGACGGAUCGACGACCCUCUCUUUUCUUUCUUCUCGAGUAUUUCUUCCUAAAUCCUCGUUCUUCUAGCCUCUUCCCGCUUGUCCACCCCCGGGAGCUUUCCCCGCAAUAAAAAAAAAACGUCAAGAAAACACAUUCUUCCCUGAAACAUCCUUUCCCCCGCUGCCGCUGCCGCUGCCGCACCCCCCACUGCCACCAGCAUGCCAAUGAAAUCCCCCUUUGAGUCGUGCAUAGCGAAGCCAGGAGAGGGCAAAGUUGUCCUCUCCCUGCUGCCACCUUCGAAUCCAACCCUGACAACCCUGACCUACAAAUACCCCCUCAAACUCCUCACCCGUACCCCGGGUUUCGUCCCCAAGUCCUCGGCGCUCACCUGUCCCUCGCAACCCGUGCACCUCUACCUCCUGACCUACGGCGGCGGUCUUCUGCCCGGUGACAAGAUCAAUGUCUCGAUUACGCUCGAUCCGCGGACCCGAAUGGUGGUGACCACCCCGCAAGGGAGCACCAAGAUUUUCAAGACCGAGCCCAACGCCAGCGUCAAGGGCCAACGCGGCACUCCCAAACACAUUCUUUCCGACAAGAGCAGUCAACACCUCACCGUUCACGUUGGCCAAGAGGCCGCCCUCUGUUACCUCCCAGACCCCGCCGUGCCCUACAAGGACAGCCGUUACGAGCAGGUGCAAACAUUCACCAUCGAUGGCCCCACCUCCAGCAAAGACCCUCACCGCAGUAGCCUGUGUAUUCUGGACUGGGUGACGCAGGGCCGUGCCUCGCGCGGAGAGAACUGGGAUUUUCAUCUUUGGCGCGGCAAGAACGAGGUCUGGACGACUGACGAGUCGGGCAAGAAGAAGCUUCUCCUUCGCGACUCGCUCAUCCUGGACCGCGAACUCGACGAGGAUCAGCUGGCUCAAGACCCCGAGCUCCUGGCGCAGUCGAAUCUGAUCCGGGAACGAACGUAUCCGCACGGUGUUGUGGGGACAUUGAUCCUCUACGGUCCCGUAUUCGAGAACCUGGCCAAUUUCUUCAUGAACCGGUUCACCUCCCUGCCGCGCAUUGGGGCCCGCAAUUGGUCCUCCCCAACUGUGUGCAGUGGCUCGGCCGCGACAGAGCCCGCCCCCAACUUUGACUCCCAGGUGACCUUCACAGCGGCUCGGGUCCGCGCCGGGUUCGUGCUAGUGAAGUUCGGCGCGCCGGACUUCGCCGCGGCCAAGGACUGGUUAGGUGCAAUCCUCAGGGAGGAAGGCACGGUCUACACGGAGUUUGGCGAGGAGGCAUUAUUCUGCUUGUGAGCAUUUUUUGUGUGUUCCAGCCUCCCAGAAAAAAAAGCGUUUUUCUUUGUGUUUGUUUACCCCAUGACCCACGAGCUGGUCAAAUGAUACCCAAAUUGUUACCUGUCACCCAGGUUUCUCCAUAGCUAGCACAAUUUCAAGCAAGGAAUUUGGUUUGCC